UUCGGGCUGCUGCCGCCCGAGCUGCACGCUCGGCUGCUGGACCAGGAGGACUACAGGAACCGCACGCAAGCCGUGGAGGAGCUGAAGAGGGUGGUCGGAGGUGCCAGCUGGGCCGCGGUGGCCUCUGCGCCUGCCCCCAGCCUCCUGGGGCUCAUCAGCUUCCUCUACACCCUCCUCGACGACUCCAACUUCAAGGUGGUGCUGGGGGCCUUGGAGGUGACACAUCUGCUGGCCCUGCGCCUGGGCGACCAGGUCCGGGCCUUCCUGGCACCGCUGGUCUCUGCUGCUGCUAAAGUGCUGGGGGACAACAAGCUGGCCAUCCGGCAGGAGUACAACCGCCUAUUCCUGCGGCUGAUGAAGGCAGCGGGUCCGCAGCCGGUGUUGGGUCUGCUGCUGCAGCAGGAGCAUCUGCAGCACAAGAACUCCAAAGUCCGCGAGGAGGUGGUCAACAUCUGCAUCGCGGCUCUCCUCACCUACCCUAGUGAGGAGCUGGACUUGGCCAAGCUGGCUUUCGGGCUGGCUCCAGCGCUGGUGGACAGCAAGCGCAGGGUCCGGCAUGCUGCCAUGGAAGCGUUUGCUGUGCUGGCGUCUUCCAUGGGCCCAGGCAACACCGCCCUUCUCUUCAAGGCGGUGGAUGCCGUGGAACUUGAGGACAACGGGGAUGGGGUGAUGCACGCCGUGCAGGCCAGGCUGGCUAGGAAGACCUUGCCGAAGCUAGCAGACCAAGGAUUUGUAGAGUACGCUGUGCCCUUGCCUUCAUCUGGUCAUAACAGGGGGUCCUGUUUACCCCCUGGAGCAGAUACAGACUGGUUGCUGAUGGGCAACAGGACUCAGAGCGCGCACAGUUACUGCGGGUAUCACGCAAGGGAUGAUGCUCUGCAAAACGCCAGCUCACACGGUGCGUAUGCCGACCAAGGAGUGAGUCCAAGAAGAGUCUUGAGUGCGGGUAAAGGAAAAAACAAGCUGCCUUGGGAAAGCGAGCAUACUGGAGACAGGGAAGGUGGUUCAGGAGUCAGGAUGCCUUUCGCAAAGGGUGUGGAGCAGUUCUCUACAUCCAAUGAUUUUCUUCAUUCUCCAAAGUUGUGGCCCUCUCAAGGAGUACCAGUCAGCGAUGAGUUAUUUUUUAGUAGAAAAAGACCUUCGAGGAGUUUAUUUCAGAGUAGUAUAGAUUGUAACUCUGAGCAUCCUUCUGUUUGUGCCGGUAAGUCUGUAGGAGAUUUGCAGCCGCAAAUUUCAGGGAAAUGUGGAACGCUUGGGUACACACAGACACGCGGGAAGAGUGGUAGCGUGGACUCUGAUUUACAAUUUUUAGGAUUAAAUAACUGUCAGCAAGACAAAGUUUGUGCCAGCCUAAAUUUUCCCAGCAAGACCCAGAGAAGUUUUUGCAAUCAAGCGGAGCAUACGGCGCCCUUCCCAGGUCCUAAUGCAAGCCAGGGGGCCUUCAUUCUGCCGUCUUACCCUCUGUCCUCUCCCAGGAGCAGCCCCAAGCACGCCUCCUCUCCAGCUGGCUCUCCAAAGAAGUCACAAGAUAAUACCAUGAGCUUCUCAAACUCCUGGCCUCUAAAGAGCUUUGAAGGAUUGCCUAAGCCUAGUUCACAGAAGCAGCUUCUCAGUCAAAAGUCAGGAGACAAUACAGGGGAGCAUUUGCAGGAGAAACACUCUCCUCUGCAGCUGAAACCCACCCUGGUGAGGCACCCGGCCUCCCGCAGGAGCCUGAACGGGAGCAGGCCCGUGCCCCCCAUACCCCGCCUCGCAAGCCCGCUGCCCGACAAGAUUGAGUUAAACGUGGCGAAGUGGAGGAACGAAGAGUGCGAGGACACGUGGCUGAGUGAAGCGGAUGGGAAGCUUGCAGCUGAUCUUUCAGAGCUAAACGUUGAUGGCGAGGAAGUGGACCAAGAAGAGAUGCAGAAUUCACUUAGAUCUCUACGGAACAGUGCGGCCAAGAAGAGGGCAAAGCUAAGCAGCAACAUCUCAGAUCUUGAAAGUCCUGAUUCUGCUCUUAAACUGGAUCUGUCCGCGGAUUCCCCCUCCCACGCUGCCUCCCCGAGCGCGGGCUCUUGCAGCGAAAGCGGGGUUUACAGCCAGGAGUCUCUGACCUCGUCGGUGGCCGCGGUCCCCCGGAGAAGGAGAAUAACGCAGGGUUGGGUUGACAGUGACGGCCACCAGUGCAGACUUCAGGCCGAUGGGCGCCGGCGGGCGGUAGGAGAUGCGCCCGUGCCGUCCCGGCGGCGGCAGCGGGAAGCAGAGCCGCUGCCUGGUCUUGCAGAGUCAACGUCCAGUUUUCCACAGACAAACAAUCUAGAUUUCAUUUCACCAAGUGUCCUGUCUGAAGAUGCAGUUGUAAUUGUUGAUAAAGGUGUUUUCGGAAGUCCUCCUUCUGCCCGAACAUACAGCCAGUCCGGACCGCGUGUAGCGAAUGGAGAUGGCCAAGCUGUCAAAGCGGAGACUGAGCCAUCGUCAGGGAUCUGUGGGAGAAGCAUCCAGCAGAACAGUGCUUCUCAUUUCCAUGUUGAAAAUGAAAAAGAGGUAAAAGUUGCUUUGUCAAAAUCUGCCCAGGACAAGAUGAGGCGGAAGAGAAAAGAUGAAAAAGAAGACAGUCAGGAAGAACAUCAGGAAGUCAAAGACCUCGAAGAAAAGGAAGAAGAUCGUCGGGAAAGACUUAAACUGAAUGAACCAGAGAACAUGACAACAGAAAAUGAAAUGUCUCUUGGGGCACGAGGACGCUGUAAGGACCGGACCCCAUCAGUCACUCACAGCCCAGAAAUAAUGGACCCCUCAGAACUGCAGCCCUUUGCAAAACCAGAAACGGCACUGACAGAAGCCUUGACACUUUUAGCUGAUGAUGACUGGGAGAAGAAAAUUGAAGGUCUGAACUUUGUUAGAUGUUUGUCUGCCUACCACGCGGCUAUUCUGACUGCAAAGCUACAUGAAACAAGUUUGGCUGUGGCUCAAGAGGUCAAGAAUUUACGCUCAGGUGUUUCUCGAGCUGCUGUGGUCUGUUUAGGGGAUUUGUUCACCUACCUGAAAAAGAGCAUGGAUCAAGAACUAGAUAAUACAGUAAAAGUCCUUUUGCACAAAGCUGGUGAAUCCAACACAUUUAUAAGGGAAGAGGUAGACAAAGCACUGAAGGCUAUGGUUAAUAAUGUGACUCCAGCACGUGCACUUUGUUCUCUUAUAAAUGGAGGGCAAAGCCACCUGCAUUCAGCGGUGCGAAGAUGCACAGCCCAGCACCUGUCGGACAUCGUAGAACGUAUGGGACCGGAGCGGAUUCUGUCUGGAACCAAAGCUGUCGCUGAUCGGAUUUUCCCUGCCAUCGCCAGGUUUGCACAGGACAGUUCACAGCAAACAAGGUAUUAUGGUCGAAAGAUGCUCUUCAGUAUGAUGACUCACCCUGAUUUUGAUAAAAUGCUUGAAAAGUAUGUGCCGACCAAGGAUUUGUCUUACCUUAAGGAAUGUGUUAGCAGUCUACGUGAAAAGGGCUUGGGGGAGAUGCCAUUAGAUACACCCUCAGCAAAAGGAAGACGUUCCCAUACUGGUAGUGUUGGACAUUCGAGGUCGUCGUCUACUUCCAGAGAUGCUCUCAACAUCACUGACAGAGAGACUACAGAAGCCCGUGAAGUCACAAGAAAAACAGCUCCUCGUAAUUCACUAGAAAGUGAAGAAUAUGUUAAAGACAUUAUAGGUUUAUUGAAUGCAAAAGACUUCCGUGAUCGAAUAAAUGGCAUUAAGCAGCUGUUAUCCGAUACAGAGAACAAUCAAGGCUUUGUUGUUGCAAACAUUGUCAAGAUCUUCGACGCUUUCAGGUCUCGCUUACAUGACUCAAACAGUAAAGUAAAUCAGGUUGCUUUGGAGACAAUGCACAAGAUGAUCCCAUUGCUGAAAGACAAUUUAUCACCUGUGAUCAACAUGUUAAUUCCUGCCAUGGUAGACAACAACCUGAACUCCAAAAAUCCAGGGAUUUAUGCAGCUGCCACAAACGUUAUUCAGGCUAUGUGUCAACACUUAGACAACUAUUUGCUCCUCCAGCCAUUCUGCACAAAAGCCCAAUUUCUGAAUGGAAAAGCAAAACAAGACAUGACGGAAAAGCUUGCUGAUCUCGUUACGGAGUUAUACCCACGGAAGCCUUACGUUGUGGAGCAAAAAGUUCUAGCUGUCCUUUGGCACCUCCUGGGAAAUAUGACGAACAGCGGCUCUUUGCCUGGAGCCGGAGGAAACAUCCGGACAGCCACAGCGAAAUUAUCGAAAGCACUUUUUGCACAGAUGGGUCAAAGCCUGUUAACUCACGCCGCCUCUCAGCCACCGCACAUCAAGAAGAGCUUAGAAGAAUUUCUGGAGAUAGCAACUUAA